UUUUGGACCCUCAUGUUUUGGAGGUCUGUGCUGUUUGCCUCAUCUUUUAUACAUCGGCAACUUGACAGUGGAUCAACAGAUUUGGCUUUCACGCUGCCUCUUCCAUCGACACUCUCCUUGACAAGGAUGACCAAUCUCUCCUCACCCUUGAUAGCCUAUUAGAUGAAGACGACCUACUGCAAGAGUGCAAAUCACAGAACACCAGACUUGUUGAUUAUUUUCAGCGCGUAGAUGUUCUUGGAAGACUGCUGGGCUGGGUCAGUGGUGAAGUCGGGGCAGCCAAGUUUGACGACGAAGAAGAACAACUACUACGGGGAUCCGAGAUGGGGAAUAAGACAAAUAGGUUCAAAUAUCCUUACAUUGCUACCGAAGUCCUCUGCUCCGAAAUUUGGUCCAUCGUUGAAACCUGCGUAUCUACUCACCCAGACAAACUCCUGGUACCAUUCUGGAAUGCUGUAUUGGACAAAUUACCCGAGGAUUUGAGAUUCAGCACUGAGAAAAACAACACGCAUGCUGCAGCUCAUUUUGCUAAAGUCAACGCGGUCUUCCUUGGUAAAAAGCCGGGUGAAAUGCUGAAAUUCAUACAACACCAGCCCAGUGUUCUUGGAAGGAUACUACGGCAUAUCGAAAAUCCGUCCUUCGUCGAUCUGCUAGUGAGAAUUAUUCAGUUGGAUGAGUAUACGUACGGGUAUGACGGCGCUGUUGGAGUCCUUGAGUGGCUUUCGUCAGAAAGACUUAUUCCUCGUCUCAUAGAUAUGCUCUCCCCCGCCUAUCCGCCCGACAUACAUCAAGUGGUGUCUGACUUGAUAAAAGGUAUCAUCUCGAUGGCAACACCGUCCCCUGGGGCUGGACUUACUACCAACGGUCCCGCUGCAUCAAAUACUGCAAUGUCUGACGGUGGGGGCUCAGGCGUUUCAUCAAACCAAUUUGCGCGAGAGUUGGCGAGAGAGGACAGUGUGUCGAAGCUGGUGGCGUAUAUGUUGCAAGAUUUCUCUACAUCUUUAUCCGAAUCCGAAUCUACAUUGUCCCCAGACUCUGUCAGAGCAACGCAUUUCGAAUCAGCCUCCUCCUCGUCCAUUCAUGCAAUGGGGGUUCUGACUGAACUUAUACGGAAGAACAAUUCCGAUUAUUUUGAACCAUAUCUCUUCCAUACCUUGAGAAAUCGGUUGAUUGGAGUUCAGCAAGCAAUGAUACAGCAGGGUGAAGGGCACAACGGUGAAACGGAUGGUCGUGGUACUCUUGAACGUGCUAUGCGGGAGAUGGUCGACAGGAUGGGGGUUGUUAAUCUCGGCUUUGUGCUAACUAUCCUCUGCGACGAUAGAAGACUGGAUCGGCUCGUGAGUUAUUUGCGGAGACCACGGUCUUUACUCGCGGAAAGUGGUAUUGUCGUUCCUGCUAAUAUACCCGCCCCCGCCCUCACAUUCGAGCGUUUCCGCAUCACGGAACUCCUAGCUGAACUGCUGCAUUGCUCGAACAUGGCACUGUUGAACCGGCCGCUGCGAUAUCAGCACCUUUAUGAUGCCGAAGGUCGGCUUCAAGGUGGCUUAGGUGGGCUGGAAGAGUUAGCAAGAGUGAUUUCACUGGGGAACGAGGACGAAGACGGGGACGUUCAUCGAUUUGAUGGCAAUGAUGACAUGGACACAGAGAUAGAGCCCGCUCUGGAACUUCCCAUAUCUAGCGCAUCAUCAACCUCUAACGCAUCUUCACUACUUGACUCUGAUGAGGAUGAAGAUAUGUCCACAAGCUCAGAAGAUGAUAGUAUGGACAUGGAAGAGAUAGCCAUGUACGACGAGCCUCAAAUGCAGUCGACUGCAGAACCUCCUCCGCUAUCUCCUGAAGUCGAUAUGCAUGCCGCUGAAUCAAAUUCUGUUCCUCCUUCUGUAUCCGCAGAAAACAUUGGCCCCCUGAGACAUGGAUCUGUGUCGAGCUUACCAACGCGGAGAAACUCACGGCGAUCGACUCUGCCCAGCGCUUCUGCCCCAUCCGCGGAAGCUCCCCUCGUCGUUGGCGAGAGACUUAAAAAGCGAUUCCUGGAACUCAAUGUGCUGGGUGUUUUGUUGGAUCUUUUCUUCGAAUUUCCCUGGAAUAACUUUUUACACAAUGCGGUAUACGAUAUCCUCCAUCAGAUUCUUACCGGGCAGGUGGAUACUAGUUCCCACUACCGUGAGGAUAUUGAGAAACCAUCAACGCAAACGGACGAGCACGAUCCAGAAAGACGUUCUGAAGGCAGCAGAGGCUAUAACCGCGAACUUAUCCUCUCCCUAUUCCGCGACGCGCAACUCAUGCAUAAGAUUGUUGAAGGGCAGAGACGGAACGACGAAGAGAGUGCAAAACCCCGCACCCCCCGCCUUGGAUAUAUGGGUCAUUUAACACUCAUUUCAGAGGACGUGCUCACCGCUUUGGACCGGUAUCCUGCUUCUUUACGCGACGAAAUUAUGCAGUAUGCUCCCAAAGGAUUGGAUACAGAGCACGGGAAAGGAAGUUGGGACGAAUACGUGACCGGAAGGUACCGCGAAACGAAGGUGCGGGAUACACGAUUGCUUGGUGGGGGUAAACCUGCUGUGGGCUUGAGUGGGAUCAACUCAGGAGGAAGAAUGGGAGAUGUGGCAACGAAGUGGAAGGUAGAUGAAGAGGAAAUGGGAGGCAUACAGGCUACUGUGGGUGCGGCUUCAAGCCCGACGUUAGACAAUAAGCCUAUUAAUAACGAAAUGCGUGGCGAGUUCCGUCGUUCGGUAUCGUCUAAACCACGGCGAGAAGGAAGUGCUGAUUUCGGAGUUGCUCCUACGACGAUGGACGAUGAUGAUGAUGAUGACUUUGUCGCGGGACACAGUCUGAAAAGAUUCGACAAUGAUGAAGAUGAUGACGGAGAUGAUGAGGAGGGGUGGUUAUCCCAGUCUAGUACAUUCUCAGCCAUGUCGGAACGGAGACCUUUGGGUGUGAACGGGUUCGACGACGUGUUUGAUCCUCAAGUUCGAAAGGAGACUACGACAGAGGGGCUGAAAGACCCUUUCGCUGAUGAUGAUUUCGGCCCAUUCACUGCUCCAACUGCAUCCAGCUCUUCCAUUCCCUCCAACUCGGACGAUCCCUUUCCAUCGUUUUCCUCUUCCUUCACCGAUGAAAUGGCCUUAGAAGGGAUGGAUAAUCUCGAUGAUAGCGCAUUCGACGAUAAUUUUGGGGAUUUCGGGGAUUUUGGAGAAUUUCAAACUGGGGGCACUGCUCCCAAUUCUUCAGAACCUCCUUCUCGUAAUCAUCCUACUGUUGAUGUUAGAGGAGAUGGAGAAGAAUCAUUGGACGGCGAGUUGACUCCUACAGCAGGAAGCUGGAUAUCGGACCUUUCCGCCAGUGAAGGUUCUUUGGGAUCUAUAUCUUCGUCUAUAGAUUCCAUAAGUUCACCGGAGGGUGUGAAUGCGGGUCUAGAUCUCACUGGAACGGGGGUGGAGACAUCAGAAAGUACUGAACAGAGUGCACGGGAAGCGAAGCACUAAAGUUAAUAGUUGAAUUCCUAGGAUACUUUGUGACUGAGGCUGGUGGUAACUUAUUGUCGUUUUUUUCAUUGUCUUGGGCAUAGAGCUUUUUUCUUCACGUUCAGUCAUCCCCAUGUCCAAGUCCCCGACUCCUUCGACAUGUGAGCCCCUUCGUCUGGCUCGGAGGACGUCUCCAAAAGGCAGUGAUUCUGCCUCUCGACACCUUCGAGUCGAGCUCGGAAGGUAGAGUCGGGCAUCAAGACCACUGAAGACGUUUUCGAAGACUUUAGCAUUCAAUCCUCUAAUAAUCAAAAAAAUUUGAUCAGAGUUCGCCCUCAUAGAGGGCGGUUUGCGGUCUAACAGUGGCCAUGUACGCCUCGUAAAAGUUGGCGCAAGUCGAAGAAAGGUG